AUGUGUCGGCAGUUUAUUCGACUGCUGCAGGGUCUGUCUUUCCAAUAUGUCAAUUCCUUGGAAGCUGGCCUGGGUCGCCACACGUCAUUGAAAUUCCACCGAUCGAUUGUGGCGACCAGAUCGCUCGCCCCAAUCCGGACAAUUACUCAUGCCCCUACUUUGCGCUUCUGUUAUAAACGCGUUGCGCUUCUCCCGCUGGCUUCGAAGUCCGUCAUACCGUCUCGUACCUAUUCACAACAUCUUGGUCGAGACACGGAUUCUUUGGACACCGACGAGAUGAUUAUGGCUACUGAGCCUCAUGGAUCCGAGGCAAAGCCUGCAGAUAUUCUUAAUGACGAUAUACACUCCCACCAAGCCGAGGUGGCAUUGGACCCUGAGUCCGAAGAGGACAUUCCUCUCGAAGCAGAGGAACUGAAGGAGGCCCUUGGACGAGCCCCACCAGUGAAUAGCAGCUAUCUUCCUCUGCCCUGGAAAGGAAGGUUAGGAUAUGCUUGCUUGAAUACCUACCUUCGUUAUGCUACUCCGUCCGUAUUCUGUUCCCGAACAUGCCGAAUCGCAUCGAUCGUUGAGAACCGACACCCCCUCCAAGAUCCCGAACAGCCUGCGCAUCCGACCAAGAAUCGUCCGGAUCGGAAUCAACCAGCCGAUAUUGCUCGUGGUCAAGCCUUUGUUGAGGGUCUCGGUCUGACAAAUGCGCGUGAUUUGGUCAAGAUUCUUCGCUGGAAUGACAGAUACGGCAUUAAAUUUAUGCGAUUAAGCAGUGAAAUGUUCCCAUUCGCUAGCCACAAGGAAUACGGCUAUAAAUUAGCGCCAUUUGCCUCGGAAGUUCUGGCGGAGGCAGGGCGGGUGGUUGCAGAACUAGGCCAUCGAGUCUCGGUUCACCCUGGCCAAUUCACACAGUUCGGAUCCCCAAGGAAAGAAGUGAUCGAGAGUUCCUACCGAGAUCUGGAAUACCACUCAGAGUUGCUCCAGCUACUUAAACUGCCGCCUCAGCAGGAUCGCGAUGCGGUAAUGAUCCUCCAUAUGGGCGGCGUGUUUGGUGAUAAAGCCGCGACACUUGAUCGGUUCCGGGAGAACUAUGCCAAGCUGUCGCAGGACAUCAAGAAUCGAUUGGUGUUGGAAAAUGACGAUGUCAGCUGGUCUGUACAUGAUCUAUUGCCAAUCUGCGAGGAGCUUAACAUCCCUCUUGUCCUCGACUAUCACCACCAUAAUAUCAUUUUCGACUCUAAUGCGCUUCGCGAAGGCACGGAGGAUAUCAUUGGACUCUAUGAUCGCAUUUCAGCAACCUGGUCUCGAAAGAACAUCACGCAGAAGAUGCACUACUCCGAGCCAACUGCCCCAGCAAUCACCCCUCGCCAACGCCGCAAACAUAGUGACCGAGUAAAUACUCUGCCUCCAUGUGCAGACACCAUGGACCUGAUGAUUGAAGCCAAAGACAAAGAGCAGGCUGUCUUUGAGCUGAUGAGAAACUUCAAACUUCCCGGUUACGAAAAGGUGAACGACUUAAUACCUUUUAUGCGCCCGGACGAAAACCAACCCUUUAAACCACCGAAAAAGACGAAAAAGAACGGUGGUUUUGUGGACCUUGAGGGCUCAAUACCCCCGCCUCGCACCAUUUCUGAGGAAGACCUCAGUAUGGGUGGUCCUGAGGGCAGGGUCUACUGGCCCCGUGGCAUGGAAGAAUGGCUCAGGCCCGCGAAGAAGGUUGUUAAGCCCAAGGCAGCCCCAAGCCCGAAGAAAAGCACACCGAAGAAGGUGAAGACCGAGUGCAUUGCAGACGAUGUACCUCUCGACGCAGCCAAGACAGAAACCCCUAAGAAACCCAAGGCUGCCAAGCGCACGACUCCGUCUAAGGCUCGUGGCAAGCGCAAGGCUUCGGAGAUCGAGUCGACCCCUGAGCCCGAGGGGUCUAUCGAAAGUUCCGCAGAUAUGGACAAUGCUCAAACUGGAGAAUCACUUUCUCGGCGGAGUUCACGUGCGAAGAAGGUGAAUUACACCGAGGACAGUGCUUAG